AUGUCGAUUCCGGUCGUCAAUGAUCCCAGAAACAAUGGAUCCCAAAUUUCAUCUCUAGACGUUCCUACUAUAGACUCAGAGGUCAAAGUUGAGCUACGAAAGCUCGGAGAACCUAUUACUCUCUUUGGAGAAGGGCCUCCAGAAAGACGGAUCCGUCUACAAAGGCUUCUUGAAGAAAGACCUCAUACAAAUUUUGAAUUUGCUGAAGUGGAACACAGCGAUUCAAGUAUGGAAGAAGAUGACGAGGAAGAAUUUUACACACCAGGCACUGAGGAACUAGAAGAGGUCCGGAAGAGCAUACUACGAUCGUCAGUGAGUCUUGCAAUUGCUAGAGUGAACCGACAAAAGGAGGAGGCCAAGAGCUACGACUCAUUCAAAACAUUGAAGCAUCGCCGUCACAUAAAUAAAAGUCUUGGAGAGUACGAGUUGAACGGAACGAAUGUUAUCAAAGGUAACACUCGUGCAAUCUCAUCGGUGAGGGUGAAUAAUGAUAACACAGUUGUUGCAUGCGGCUCUUGGGAUGGAAACGUCUAUUUCUUCCAAAAAGAUGAAGAGCUCAAUCUUCGUCAGGUGGGCAAGCUGGGUCAUGGCUACCACUCAGAAAAGGUUGGUGCGAUGGAUUGGCAUCCUACGGAUACUUCGUUGAUCGCCACAGGAGGUCAGGAGGGAUCGAUCAACAUCUGGAAAUACAUCGACGACGAAAACCUCAAACCACAGACUAGGUUUCGUGAAGCGAGCGAGGGCAGAAUUCCAAAACUUGCUUUCCAUCCCAGCGGAAAAUACCUUGCCAACACCUCCUUCGACCAGACAUGGAAGCUUUGGGAUAUAAACAAGGAGCAAGAGCUUCUAGAGCAGGAGGGCCACUCUAAAGAGGUUUUUGGUUGCGCUAUGCAUCCAGAUGGCAGUUUAUUUGCAACUGGAGACCUCGAUGGUGUGGGAAGAAUUUGGGACUUGCGUUCUGGUAGGUCCAUUGCCACUCUAGAAGGUCACAUUCAAGGGAUAUAUUCCAUGGAUUGGUCGCCAAAUGGUCACCACUUGGCAUCAGCAAGCGGUGACUGCUCUACAAAAAUAUGGGACUUGCGUAAGCUUAGCAACGCCAACGACAGAAUAGAGCUCUUUCUGAUACCAGCACAUACCAAACUUGUCAGCGAGGUCAGGUUCUUCAAAGGCCAAGAUAGUUCUUUAGUAUCGCAAGUUACUGAUGAAAAUGAGGAGCAUCCAUCAAAAUUGAGCCCCUCUGGAACCUUUCUUGCUACGAGCUCCUACGAUGGAACCGUUAAAUUAUGGUCCGCAGAUAACUGGAUCAACGUGCGGACAUUGAAGGGUCACAACGACAAGGUCAUGAGCUGUGACAUUGGAAAAGAUGGGCUGUACAUAGUGAGCUGUGGCUGGGACAGAACGGUCAAGACAUGGUCUAAAAUAUAA